GAUGAAGGUAGUAACAAGGAAAAUUUAUUCCAAGCAAACAGCCAAGGCAUGAUCGAUUGAUGCACUUGUAGCACACAAAAGGAUGAGCUUCUGCAGAUAGAGCCGGCUCCUACAAAAUUACACGCUAGCUGUUCACUCCUGCAAGCACACACAGGCAUAGCACACCCAGCCUCGCACAUCUCAAUGGCCCCUGUUCUCACCAUCUUCUUCUUCACACUAGCACUUGUGUUAGCCGUGUCUCCCAGGCCGACGGACGGCAACGUUAACGGCAGCGACACCGACCUCGCCGCGCUGCUGGCUUUCAAAGCCCAGCUCGCCGAUCCUCUCGGCGUCCUCGCCGGUAACUGGACCACCGGCACGUCUUUCUGUCAUUGGGUAGGUGUUCUCGUCGGAUCUUUGGCACCUCACAUUGGUAAUCUCUCUUUCCUUUCCUUCCUCAAUCUUACCUACACCAAUCUCACAGGCUCCAUUCCAGCCGAACUUGGUAGGCUACAUCGUCUUAAGUAUCUCAGUCUUGGAGGAAAUAGCCUCUCAGAUACCAUCCCUACUGCUAUAGGGAACCUCACAAGGCUCAAGAUACUUAGUCUAGCUUUGAACCAACUCUCCGGCCAGAUCCCCCCUGAAAUGCUGACGCGUAUGCAAGACCUUAGGAGAAUUUUUCUGGUCGGAAAUGAAUUGAGUGGCCAAAUUCCGUCAUAUUUGUUCAACAACACGCCUUCGUUGACGUUCAUCGAUUUUGGAAAUAACAGCCUGUCAGGUCCUAUACCGCAAGGUAUUGCAUCGCUAUCCGUGCUUGUGGUCUUGAGCCUAGAGGUUAAUCAACUCUCUGGCCUAGUGCCACAAGCCAUGUUCAACAUGUCUAAGCUGCAAGUCAUGGCACUCGCUGGCAAUGGUAACCUAACUGGAGCCAUUCCAACCAAUCUAAGUUUCAACCUCCCAAUGUUGCAAUAUAUCAGGCUAUUUGGUAACAAAUUUACUGGCCGGUUUCCAUCGGGGCUUUCGUCAUGCCAAUACCUACAAGAAAUUGCUUUGGGUGGAAAUUCUUUUUUGGAUGUUGUUCCAACAUGGUUAGCCAAAUUGCCACAUCUUAGAAGGCUUUAUUUGGGACUUAAUAAUCUUAUUGGUUCCAUCCCAGCUGCUCUUAGCCAUCUCACCAGUCUUACUGAUCUAAACCUCUCUGGUGGCAACCUGAAAGGGAAGAUUCCACCAGAAAUAGGUCUUAUGCAGGAACUCUCUUAUCUGCAACUUAGUGUUAACCAAUUGACAGGUCUAAUUCCAGCCUCCCUUGGCAACUUAUCCAAAUUGUCUUCCCUACAGUUGGAAAACAAUCAAUUGUCCGGUCAAGUACCAACAACACUUGGUAAAAAUGUAGCUUUGAACAGGCUUUUAUUGCAAUCUAAUAAUUUAGAGGGGAAUCUAGACUUCUUCUCAAAUCUUUCCAAGUGCAGACAACUCCAAGUCGUUAUAAUAGAAAAUAAUUCUUUCACGGGUGUCCUCCCUCGCCAUGUGGGAAAUCUCACUUCACAAUUACUCAUAUUCGUUGCCAGUAACAACAAGUUAAUAGGUGGAGUUCCGGUCGCAUUUUCAAACAACACCAAACUUGAGGUGAUUGAUCUUGCUAACAACUUAUUCACCGAGCCAAUACCAGAAUCCAUCAUUAUGUUGCAAAAUCUUAAAUACCUUGAUCUUUCCCACAAUGACAUGUUAGGCCCUAUUCCAACACAAAUAGGAAUGCUGGGGAAUCUACGACGAUUGUUUCUCCAAGCAAACAAAUUCGUGUGAUCGAUACCUAGCAGCUUUGGUAACCUUAGUCGGUUAGAAGAGUUCUACUUGUCCAAUAACCAGCUAAGUUCAAAGAUACCAGCGAGCAUUUUCCACCUAAAUAAACUUAUUCAACUGGAUAUUUCACACAAUUCCUUUUCUGGUCCACUACCGAUCGAUGUUUCUGGUCUAAGUCAAACAUGUCAAAUGGACCUUUCUUCCAACUUCUUGAUAGGAAAAAUUCCAGAAUCAUUUGGACAACUUAAUAUGCUAACCUACCUAAACCUAUCGUGUAACUCCUUCGAAGGAUCAAUUCUAGGCAACCUCAAAAAACUAAAAGGCUUAGAUACAUUAGACCUCUCAUUUAACAAUCUCUCUGGUACUAUUCCCAUUUUCCUUGCCAACUUUACCUACUUGACUACCUUGAACCUCUCAUUCAAUAGGCUAGAAGGCCAAAUACCCAAGGGAGGUGUUUUCUCAAACCUCCCGUUGCAGUGUUUGGUUGGGAAUGCUGGGCUAUGCGGUGCUCCACGGCUACGAUUUUCAUCAUGCCUUGAAAGACCUCACUUAACUAACAGACACUUACUACAAUUUCAACUCCCAACACUCAUAUUAGCGUUUGUCGCUAUUGCCAUUUGCUUAUACCUAUGGUUUGGAAAAAAACUUGAGAAGCGAGAGGAAGAAGCUUCUAUUGAUCCAACCGAUGCCAUAGGCCAUCGGAUAGUCUCUUAUCAUGAGCUUGUUCGUGCCACCAAUAGUUUCAGUGAAGACAACAUAUUGGGAUCCGGGAACUUUGGAAAAGUCUUCAAGGGACAACUAAGCAAUGGUUUGCCCGUCGCGAUAAAAGUUCUUGACAUGCAACUGGAGCAGGCCAUCCGGAGUUUCGAUGUCGAGUGUCGAGUGCUUUGCAUGGUGCGACACCGCAACCUGAUAAGGAUACUCAAUACUUGUUCCAACAUUGACUUUAGAGCACUAGUGCUUCAGUACAUGCCAAAUGGCAGCUUAGAGGCGCUCCUUCACCGGCCCGAGAGUACAAUGUGCUUGGGAUUCACUGAGAGACUGGGCAUCAUGCUUGACGUGUCGAUGGCCAUGGAUUAUCUGCACCAUGAGCACUGCGAGCUGAUCUUGCACUGUGACUUGAAGCCUAGCAACGUGUUGUUUGACGAGGACAUGAUGGCACAUGUGGCAGACUUCGGCAUUGCAAGGUUGCUUCUAGAUGACAACUCCAUGAUAAGUGCGAGCAUGCCUUGAACAGUUGGGUACAUGGCACCAGAAUAUGGUUCUCUUGGAAAGGCAUCACGAAAGAGCGACGUGUUCAGCUCCGGGAUCAUGCUCCUUGAAGUCUUCACUGGAAGGAGACCCACGGACCCAAUGUUUGGCCCAGAACUAACCCUUAGGCAGUGGGUUCAUCAGGCAUUCCCUGCAGAGCUUGUCCAAGUCAUCGAUGACCAGCUACUGCAAGGUUCUUCUCUUUCUAGCCACAGCUUGAACAGUGGCUUUCUUGCUUCAGUAUUCAAGCUGGGGUUGCUCUGUUCCGAGGACUUUCCAGAGCAGAGGAUGACGAUGCACGAUGUGGUCGUGGCGCUGAAGAAGAUCAAAGCCGAGUACACCAAACAGACAGCAACGACUUUGCUUACCUAGUGCAGCACAGUGAUCAAUUUCCCUUGGCUGCUUCUAUCUCAACUAUAAUUAUGUAUGGAUGUAUCUGUUCUUCUGCAGUUAGAACAAUACACAGGUCUUCUAUAAUUGGCACGGUUGAAUUAUGCUAUUUGGUCAUGCUUAUUGAAUGGAUUCUCAUUAAGAAUGUUAACUAUUGAUAGUGGCCGUCCAGCUCUCCUAUCCCCCAGACAUUUUCAUUGUAAACCAGAUUGAUAUUGUUUAAUAAAGUGGUAUACUUCCCCUAA